CUGAUAUACAAAUAUUUGUGCAUAUCAAUAGGAAACAACAAGUGAAUUGGUUGCGUUAAAGGAUCAUUUCACAAAAUGGUAUCAUCAUUGAUACUGCUAAGUUGCAUGUUCAUGCUUGGGGUUUUAUUGCUGCAAUUUGACUAUUCCUUUAUCUGGUCUUGGAUUGAUGACCAGCUUUUCGGACAGGCGGCGACUGGCAUUCUUUACGAUGUGGAUGCAAACGUGGUGCGCAUUGAUCGCACGACUGCAAGCUGGUCAAUGAUGUGGCUGGUCCUGAUGUUUUUCGGAGCAGUCUUGGUCUUCCAGUUCGGUAUAAUGAUGUUCUACCAAAUGCGCGGCCUCCAGAUGUUGCUUCAUGCCGGCGGACGAGAAGAAAAUGACCAUCAAACCAGGAAAGCCAUAAAGAUCGUCAAAGAACUCCAGACCUCUAACGACGGGCCCCGUAGGAAGAUUCCCUCGAAGAACCCUCGAAAACGGCUUCAACAAAAUAAAUGAUUAGACUAGUAGUUCUAUAAAAGCAUGUUUUAUUCGUUUCGACUGCCAGUAUUUUUCCAUAUAUGUAAAAUUUUUGUUUAGCAAGUAAUGAUUCUCAUCGCGUAACCUACAAUCGUAUUACAUUAAAAUUAAGUGACUUUUGGAAGAGAUAACGAACAGAGAAGAUUUAUGUCAAAAAGCUUCCUUUUCUUGUAAGUUUAGAUUCAGCGGCCAGUGAAUGAAUUAUUUAUUUUACUACGCCUUGUACGUGGUGUCAUUUCAGUCAAAGAAAAGAGUGAGCGAAAAAAAAAUGUUUUUCUUCUGCUUUUAAUAAAUAUUUAAA